GAUCAGAAGACUCUUCCGGCCCUCCCGUUCAAAGAGAGGGGUGGCCUCGAUUCUGCUCUGUCAGCCAGGAACAAGCAGAGAAGCUUUUCCGCGAUGCCUUUAGCGGCCGCGGCCUAGACGAGAUGCUUCGGGAGGAGAUGGGACGAGUUCCACUCCAGCCAGGAGUGCACACAGCGGCUGUGCGCGAGGGCAUUUUCGCCCGGCUCCUUCGUUCUGCUCAGAUGGCUUCACAGCUGCCGCUAGCAGAAGAGGUUACAGAGAAGCCACGGCCAGAAGAGAAUUGGCCACGGCUGGACAUUCAAAGGGAGCCUUUUGUGGGAAGCGAUGGGUACAGGUGGGUGCGUAUCUACACCACAGCACGGUGGCCAAAUGGGCGGAAGCAGGAGCACGUCCUCGAGAAGCCGGUGUACAAAAUGUGA